AUGCGGUUUCGAUCCUCCGCCGCCGACUCUUUCACUUCUGACUCCUUCGCUGCCGACUACGAUGACUUCAGAACUUCAGCUCAGGGAAUGGGACCAGACACUUGUUGGAGAAUGGUUCUUCUCAGAAGAAGUGGCAGCGAGAGCGGGAGCGAUCGAUAUUAUGAUGACCGUAAGACUUGCAGUGUCUGCCACGAGAAAGGCAGCCUCUCCAUCUCAACCAGCUAUUUCAGCCUCAUCCGGGCCAUCGGCGCCUUUGUGCUCACGUGUCGUAUGAUCCGUGACGUCGAGAGGAUCUCACCUGCGCUUGACUCUUGCCGGACUAUGUUCAGGGGUAUCCAAGAGGGCGCUGCGGACGUGACAAUACCUCGAUCAUCCGCAAAGUCAAGAGUUGCAUCGCGGAGUCCUAGAAUGUCCUGGACUCUGAAUGGACAUGAUGGCAUGGAGAUGAUGCAUUUCACGGGGUCCAUGAAUUGGCGCUGCGACUCGCCUCGGACAUUUUCAAUUUCCUUGAGCGGCAGAAUUCGAGUUUCUAUGUAUAAAGAAACCUUCAAGCAUGGCAUGCAACUGCUUCCUGGUGACCACAUACCCAACCAUGGCUAUGAGUAG